UUUGCCAGAUUAGUCAGGGAAGAGGCAGGCUUGUUAGGAGAUAGCACAGGCAUGGAGCAUCACAUGCACACACUGACACCCUUCCACUCACACAUGCACAGUCAAUCAGGCUGCGCUCAGCUGUGUUAUACAUCUUUGAGGAUUACCCCUCUAUCCCUCCAGUAUUCCGCUGGAACGAUUGCAGCCCCUUAGAGAGAGUAGCGGGGCUUUCAAAGCACCACAUUUGAGCCGAACGAUGAUGAGCAGGAUUUCUAUUGUUGCCUCUCUAGUGUUGUUGUCUCCUCUAACUCUGCCAUGUCUUUUGCUGGGAAGUGCAGGCAUGAUUUAACAUUACUGUCUCACCACCAGCUGUUUUUUUUUUUUUACGUUGCUGUUUGUCAGUGAUAAUUCUGCAUGGUACUGUUCCUUUUUGACAAAUGUGUGCAAAAUGCAACAUCUCAGCUUGCUUUCGUCUCUGUCCUUGAGAAAUCCUUUUUUACAAGUGCAUGCUCUUUCAUAUGAUGCUGUGUGUUCUGUAUGGUCCUCUGUGAUUGAUGCAUCAAUAUUCUGUUCGGAUUGGACAGCAUGCCUUCUUUAUUUCCUCCCUCUUUUCCCCAGCCGGGUGGCUGCUGCUGCUGCUGCUGCUGCUGCUGCUGCAAGAGCUGCUCUUGCUGCAUGCAUACUCAUGUUUCUGGCCUCUAAUUGCCUUUGUGGAAAAAAAAACAGUGGUUGCUGCAGAUAUUCGAAAAGCAGCCGUGAAAUGCUCAGAAAAUAACUCAGCAGGCAGCCCUCAUCAAACGCCACUCACCUAAAGUCAUGUUUCCAUCUCGUUUUCGUGCACCAAAGCGAGUGCAAACCAGGAUAAUAUGGAUUAAUAUUUAUUGCACUGUAGCAUUUUUAGACUGGUACAACAUGACUUCUUCAAAUUUAUUCACAUUCAUUGUGCAUUCAAAAAAAAAAAUCUGCAUCCCCUUGAUAAUCAUCUGACAUCAAAGCCUCCAGAUAAAAUAAUCUGUCCUAAAUUUGCAGAGACAGCGCAGCAGUUGGGUCGCUCCAGUGCAUGUAAAUUCAGAUACUGUUGUAAUAAAUAAAUAAAUCCUCUUUCAUUUGAAUACAAAACCAUACUUGAUAAUUCUACAUUCUUGAACUCCAGCCAAUGCUGCUAAUUAGAUGGAGACUGGGAGUGCUUUAAUUUGAGGGCUUUAGGCUCAGAAUCUAUAGCUGCUGUCUGAAGUGCUUCAGGUUUGUGUCUUUGAAAGCAUCCACUGUGUAGCAGUUUCUGAGAGCUGUCACAUGAAAGUCAACGGAAAAGUUAAAAAUGAAGAGUUUUGAAUGGGACUCAGUCACAACUGUUCUUCAUUCCUCUCAUUCACUAGUCAUUAUUCAUGAAAUGCUAAAGUAUGAAGUGAACAACAAAAGAAGAGUGGCGCAGGCUGUAUGUGUACAAUGUAUACACCGACCUGAGGCAGCAGAGAACGGUUCCCUGGAGGACAUGGAAGAGGACAUCAGUCUGAAGAAGCGUAAAGGUGAUCACCAUGGCGAGAAAGAGCUGCAGGCCGGGCAAGAAACUGGUGAAAAGGUCAAACGGAAGCGAGGACGCCCGCCAGCUGAGAAACUGCCUCCAAAUCCACCUGAACUCACCAGAACACUGAACACACUGGUGGAUAUGGUCAUCAACUACAAGGAUGGGUUGGGACGACAGAUCAGUAAAGGCUUUGUGCAGCUUCCCUCUAAGAAGGAGGUACCCGAGUACUACGAGCUGAUCCGAAAGCCUGUGGACUUCAGAAGGAUCAGGGAACGCGUGCGUAAUCACAAGUACAGAAGUGUGGGGGAUUUGGAAAAGGAUAUUUUCCUCUUGUGUCACAAUGCUCAGACUUACAACUUGGAGGGAUCUCAGAUCUAUGAGGAUUCGAUUGUCAUUAAGUCUGUUUUUGAGAGCGCAAGACAGAGAAUUGUCACAGACGAGCAACAGAAAGAGACAGUUAGCGCCAGUCACAGCAAUAAUGGCGGCGGAGCUGAAGACCAAUUUGUUCCAUCAGCAGUGAAACCAUUGCCAGUCCAGAUAAAGAAGGGAACAAAGGAGGUGAGGAGCAGAAACACCAACAUGGCCAAGAGGCUUCACAGUGAUUUAGACAGUGAUGAGGAUCUAGAGGAUAACACCACAAAAGAUGAGGGUUGAACUGAAGAGCCCUCCUUUUUUUUUUUUGUAUUCUUGUUCAUGUCCGUUCUCUGCCACAUCCAUUUUCAGCGGUUUGUUUAUUUUGUAAUAAAAAGAAAGGUCUUUGAAAAUAACAGGGGAAGGACCACUCAAAGAGAGGCACUUAUGGAACAAUGCUUUUUCUUUUAGAUGACUCACUCCACUCCAACUCAUCUUGCUGCACAUAGUGCUGUUCUGUUCAUUUAGCUGGUCUUUUACAGUAAUUAUACGUUACGUUAUAUCUGCUUUAGUCCCUGUGAUUGCUUCUGCAGAUAUUAUGUAAAACUCCAGUUUCACUGACUGUUUUUAAUCAAUAUAUUUGAUUGUAUGAAAUGCCUUCGUAUGUCUUUGGAGCAUGAUAUGUAUCUCUCUCCUGAAGCUGGUUCCUCCAGAGAAGCCCCCACUGAUGACAAAGUUGAUGUGUUGAGGGCCAGAGAACUGAAGCACACCGGAAGGUCUUUUUAACAAAAUUAAGAACAAACGAAAACCUGUAAAUUUGUUCAAAAUCUCUAAAUGUGAUUUUAGAGAUUAUACGUCUUUGAUAAAAAAAAAUUAAGAAAAAACAAAAGUAUGAAGUGACAAAUACUUGUGCUGAUAGUAUGCCUUUUGUCUGUUUCUGAUACUUGAUGGAAUCAGUUUGGGUCUAACCAAGGGUACUCAAGAUAAACAUUUGUAUCCCUUGUGCUACAGUAUAUUCAUAUAUUGUACAGUUUGUGUGAAAAGUAACUAAAAACUAAUUUUCUUCACAUUUACUCUCCAUGUUGUUGGGGAGGAUGGGAGAUAUCAUUGUUAAGACAAUCCCUCGAAACAUGUAUCACUUAAACACUUGCAAAAUAAAUUUUACCAAAAAGUC